AUGACUGGACCCACCGCAGCCGAACCGCCGGGAGUUCCAAUUCCCGAAGUUGCGCUAGGCGUGCGAGACCCUGUCGGCACGUGGCCUAAGAGGGACGACAUGCGCGUGAUGCUAGUUUGUUCAAUGGCGUUAGACGGAGAGGCUACACUCGGACGGAAGAUGUCAUGGGCUCGCUGUGUGGCCACUACUUCGUCUUACACGUUAGCGCACGUGUAUGAAGAAGCGUAG